UGUUCCUGGGUCAGUGAGAGUUUAUUGCAACAGGCAGGGCGGAACUGCAGUUUGAAACAUGUCGAAGAGAGGAUCUUAACAUAAGUUACAGCUACCAGUGGGGUCUAUUAAACCUCCAGUUCGUUGAACGACCUCGCGUUAUACUGCGGUUAGGGUGUUUAGGCGUUGCUGAAACUUUUUUUUUUUUUAUUCUCCUCCAACGUAUUUUUCCCGAAGAGAGGCGGCGGCGGUGCGCUCGGCAGCCAUCUUUGGAGCUAGUCUGGGAGUGGGAGCUGGCUACUGUGGCACCCCACUUAACUUAUUUCUAUCUCUGCUCAUUUCACUGACGUACGGAGGGUGAAAUCGGCUGACAACGCGAAGAACCACGAGGAUUCAACGCAUUAAAAACUCCCAUCCAGGGAAUGAAACUGGAAAAGUGUUUUAUAACCCCAAACUGUUUUAAGUGAACACCAGUCUCCUCAUCGCCCAGAGCUGGCCUGUCAGCAGGCUCAGAAUACAUAUGAAAUCACUGUCCUGCAGAUGAGUCGUCACAGGGGGCUUUUCCGUCGCUGUCGCAGACCCAGAUAGUUCCUGGCGACGACGGCAUUGCCCCCAACCCUUCAUUAUGCCCAAUAAUAGCCGGGCGGGGAACCUGAAGGACCCCGAAAUCGCAGAACUCUUCUUCAGGGAGGAUCCAGAGAAGCUCUACACAGAUCUAAGUGAAAUUGGACAUGGUAGCUUUGGAGCUGUAUAUUUUGCACGUGAUGUGCGGACAAAUGAUGUGGUGGCCAUCAAGAAGAUGUCCUACAGUGGGAAACAGUCCAAUGAGAAAUGGCAAGAUAUAAUCAAGGAGGUGAAGUUCCUGCGAAGAAUACAGCACCCAAACAGUAUAGAGUACAAAGGAUGCUACCUGAGAGAGCAUACUGCUUGGCUGGUAAUGGAGUACUGUCUUGGCUCAGCUUCAGAUUUGUUAGAAGUUCACAAGAAACCCCUAGAAGAAGUUGAAAUAGCCGCAAUUACUCAUGGUGCUCUUCAAGGAUUGGCUUAUCUCCACUCCCACAACAUGAUUCACCGAGACAUCAAGGCAGGAAACAUACUGUUGACAGAACCAGGUCAAGUGAAACUAGCAGACUUUGGAUCGGCCUCCAUUGCUUGUCCAGCAAAUUCAUUUGUUGGGACACCAUAUUGGAUGGCCCCUGAGGUUAUAUUAGCCAUGGAUGAGGGUCAGUAUGAUGGAAAGGUGGACAUCUGGUCUUUGGGAAUCACCUGCAUUGAAUUAGCUGAGCGGAAGCCUCCCCUGUUCAACAUGAAUGCAAUGAGUGCCUUAUAUCAUAUUGCACAGAAUGACAGCCCUGCCCUGCAGUCCAGUGAAUGGACGGAUUAUUUUCGAAAAUUUGUAGAUUCUUGUCUUCAAAAACUUCCUCAGGAAAGGCCAACCUCUGAGGAGCUCCUAAAGCAUGCAUUUAUCCAGCGCGAACGACCAGAAUCAGUUUUAGUAGAUCUGAUCAAUCGGACCAAAGAUGCAGUGAGGGAACUAGACAAUCUGCAGUCUCGUAAGGUGAAGAAGAUCUUGUUUCAGGAAGCCCACAAUGGCUCCACAGCCGAGGCACAAGAUGAAGAUGAGGAGCCAGAGAACAGUGUUAGUAGGACGGGCACAGUGAACAGUGUUGGCAGCAACCAGUCCAUACCCAGUAUGUCUAUCAGUGCCAGCUCCCAAAGCAGCUCCGUCAACAGUCUAACUGAUGCAGGCGAUGACGAGAGCGAGCCGGACAUGGAUGGAGACGGCACGGUGAUGUCCAACAGCUCGGUGAUAAACCUCAAACCUGAACAAGAGAUGCGUAAUGAGGAGUCGGAGCCUCACAGCAGAACCACAACCGAGCCACAAUCUCCUCCUGCGCAAACUCAAAGGCCUAGACGAAACCGUGAAGACUUUGCAACUAUACGUACAGCUUCAGCGCUUACACGCCAGAUGAAAGAGCAUGAGCAGGAAUCUGAACUAAGAGAGCAGAUACUAGGCUACAAGCGAAUGAGACGACAGCAUCAGAAACAACUGCUAGCUCUGGAAAACAAGCUGAAGACUGAAAUCGAUGAGCACAGGGUUCGACUGGACAAGGAGCUGGAGACCCAGAGGAAUAACUUUGCUCAAGAGUUGGAAAAGUUGGUCAAGAAACACCAAGCAUCCAUGGAUAAAGAUGCAAAAACAUUUAGCAACGAUGAAAAGAAGUUCCAACAUCAUAUCCAGAGUCAACAGAAAAAAGAACUGAGCAGCUUCCUUGAAUCACAAAAGAAGGAAUACAAGCUUCACAAGGAGAAACUGAAAGAGGCUUUUAAUGAAAACCAAUCAACACCCAAGAAAGAAAAGCAGGAGUGGUUGUCUAAGCAGAAAGAGAACUUUCAAAACCUCCAAGCAGCAGAAGAGGCCAACCUGCAACGCAGACAGAGGCAGUAUCUGGAGCUGGAGUGCCGCAGGUUCAAAAGAAGAAUCCUGAUGGAACGACAUAAAAUUGAACAGCAGCAUUUACGGGAGGAGUUAAACAAGCGUCAGACCCAGAAGGACUUGGAGCACGCUAUGCUUCUCCGGCACCAUGAGUCCAUGCAGGAGCUGCAGUUCCGCCAGCUCAACACCAUCCAAAAGAUGAGGGUCGAGCUGAUCCGCCUCCAGCAUCAGACGGAGCUCACCAAUCAGCAGGAGUAUAACAAGCGGAGAGAUCGUGAGCUUAGACGCAAACAUGCCAUGGAGGUCCGUCAGCAACCCAAGAGCCUCAAGUCCAAAGAGCUCCAGAUCAAAAAGCAGUUUCAAGACACAUGUAAGAUCCAGACCCGGCAGUAUAAAGCAUUGAGAAACCACCUGUUGGAGACCACACCAAAAUCAGAGCACAAAGCUGUCCUUAAAAGGUUGAAGCAGGAGCAGCAUCGCAAACUUGCCAUUUUAGCAGAGCAGUAUGACCAGUCCAUCAACGAAAUGCUCUCAUCUCAGGCGUUACGUCUGGAUGCGACUCAGGAAUCUCAGGGCCAAGCAUUACAGAUCCAGCUGCAGCAGGAGCUGGAGCUUCUCAAUGCCUACCAGAGCAAAAUUAAGAUGCAGACAGAUGCCCAGCAUGACCGCGAGAAGAACGACCUAGAACAAAGGGUGUCGCUCCGAAGGGCGCUACUGGAGCAAAAGAUUGAGGAAGAAAUGCAGUCCCUACAAAACGAACGCACAGAACGAAUUCAGCACCUGUUUGAGCGCCAAGCCAGAGAAGUAGAGGCCUUCGACUCGGAGAGUAUGCGCCUGGGCUUCAGCAACAUGGUGCUAGCAGACAUCUCCCCAGAGGCCCUCAGCAACAGUUUUCCCGGGUCACCAGGAGGGUACAGCCAGCAUCAGCUGCUGCGUCCCUCUUCGAGCUCCCAAGGGUCGCGCUGGAGCAGCCGCAGUUUAGGUUUAGGCUCUAAUAACAGAGGCAGCCAUCACCACUAUCCUUCCAGUCCAGGAGGGUCACCUAUGCAGCAAGGCUGGGGACAGGGCUCACCGGGAGGAAGGGGACAGAUGUCCUGGAGCCAAUCCCAUGGUGGAGGCUUGCUUUCUCGAAGCCCUCAGGCAAUGGGGGGGCACAGUGAGCAGGGUAUGAGCAGGAGUUCCAGCGUCACCUCACAAAUAUCCAACGGUUCGCACCUUUCCUACUCUUAGAAGCCCUCUCUGCCAAUGAGUCACUUUAUAUUGCAAAGCCCCACAGCAGGAAAGAGUACUGGUUUUGCUCCGUCUCUGCUUGGGACACUACUUCCCAGAUUUCUUUGUACAGAUGUGGACGUGUGGCGAAAUAAAUGUUGCUCAGGUCAAAAGGGGCAGGGAAACACCUGGCCCACCCUUACAGCAGUUUAUCGGCGCGCACACAGAUUCUUAAAUGCAUGUUACACAAGCAUGAGUAUCGACAAGUAAGUUUCAUGUGUUUUUAUUUACAGCUAUCUUCUACAGAGGAUAUUUCCUAAAAACAUAAGUUUGUGCUGUUCAGCCAUUGCUCUUGUUUUGCACAUAAAACACCACUCUAAAGCCUUUGACGUGUUUAAAAUGUAGGUUCAAUCACAUUAAACUGGUUAAAUUUAGCAGCAUUCAUUUUAAUCUUCCCAUUCAUGUUUAGUUAUGCACUGGCCCAAAUUUCUGUGGUACGGUAGAAGAACCCCUUAGAAAUAACUGGGGACGGUUUGCUGUUGUCUACCAUCCUGCUGUAGUGGCCAUCGAUGGUCAUAUAAAUUAGACUCAUUUUUCUUUUAAGGAUGUUUUAUUCCAUAUUAAUUCUUGACAUCAACCAAAAUACAGAACCAAACAAGUCGAUUGUUUUUAGACGUAUGCUUCUACUAACACUGUGCCUUUUCAGUUUCAGAUACUAAAGUUGAAAUAUUACUUUUUUUUCAUUAAUCUCUGCUUUCUUUAAUAGAUAUUGUUUUAGGCUGGGGUUUUAUUUUCACAUCUCCCAAAUGUUUUUUUUUUUUUUUUUUUGCCUAAAUAUGCUGAGGAGAAACAAAUUCAAAUGCUACCUUGGCAUGUUGUUUUUUUUUUAUAUAUAUAUAUCUGCCUGAGAGUGGUACUUCAGGGGUAAACUUUACCUCUCCAGAGAAUGUCACUGUAACUUGGAAACUUAUCAGCCUUCAAAUACAAUCAUAGUGCUAAUCUUUAUUUUUUAUUAGUGCCUUUUUAAUACUGCUGCCUUUUUCAAAGCACUUUAUACAGCUCGACGAGUGUAAGAUUAAUGUUUGACUUCUUUUCUCAAAAAGCUCCCGGUGAAUGAAUGUGUCAUUGGUACGCAUGUAGAAAAGUCAGACUUACCUGUGCUGUGAUUCACUUCUUUUUUCUUUUUUUUUCCUGGAUUAUCAAAAACAACCUUUAGAUGUUAACAAAGAGUGACUAAGUGAAAACAUUUUGCAGCCUUUUUUUGAAUCCAUAGCUGCCUGUUACUGCUUGUGUUUCUGUGUGACAUUGGCUGAAGAAAAUAUGCGAGGAUGAUACAGUGUUUAUUUUGUUUGGUGUGUUUGGAUGAACAAAGUUAACUCCAAAAUCUUUUAAGGUGCAGACAGUGAAUUAUGUCCAAGACAACAAGCUUUGAGCUACUGAACUUUAACACUACUA